GCGUCUUUUGCCAAGCAACGAAGUUCAAAGCGCAUGCGCAUCAUCAAUUAUUUGGGAUUCGGACAGAAGGAAAAAUGGCAGACAAGCGAGUUGAUUCUGGUUCUGAUAGCGAUGGCGAUGAAGCAGUCGUUGGUAAUCUCAAUAAGUUUGCUGUUCUCCCUUUGGGAUACAGUGGGAGACCCAAACCUGGACAUCUCAUCUUUGAUGCUUGUUUUGAAUGUGGUAACCUGGGACGUGUUGAUUAUAUCACAGAGCAUGAAUACGAUCUGUUCGUUAGGCCCGAUACCUGUAAUCCCAGGUUUAGAGUUUGGUUCAACUUCACAGUGGAGAACACCAAAGCAGAUCAGCGUGUGAUAUUCAACAUAGUAAACUUCAGCAAGACCAAGAGUUUGUACAGAGAAGGAAUGGCACCAAUGGUAAAAUCUUCAAGUAGAACAAGAUGGCAGAGGAUACCUUCCAAGAAUGUCUACUAUUACCGAUGCCCAGACCACAGGAAGAACUAUGUCAUGUCCUUUGCUUUCUGCUUUGACAAGGAGAGUGAUCUCUAUCAGUUCUCCUACUGCUACCCGUACUCCUACACCAGACUACAGACCUACCUAUCGGCCAUUGAGAAGAGGAGGUUGGACUUUGUCAAGAGAGAGCUACUCUGCCUCAGUGUGAUAUGCCUGGAAAUCGAGCAAGCAUUUUGCCGUUCAUGCUAACCUGAUUCAUGUUAUUCAAUCAUCUUAUGAAAUCAGGCAUCGAGAUGAAAAAAAACUCCCUCCAUUCAUUGAAGUCAGCCAUACUCUGGUUCCGGUUUUCCAAAACCGUAUUUAGCUAAACAAGCAGGAAGGGGGGAACAGUGGGAGAUAAUGAAUUAAGUGCCCGACUUCGCGCAAGCACGACGACGACGACGUGAGAGAAGGCAUGCCGAGGAUUCGCUGCACCGUGGGAGCAAGCCACCAAGCCGUAUGGACGUGUAGGCAACCGUGACGGCCCCCCUCUUGUGCUUGUCCGGUCGAGCUUGAGAGAGAAACUGCCCACGGUCGGUCGCGUGCCGUUAUCUCUGCACCGUGGAGAGAGAAAGAGAAGGGAGACAAAGCAGGACUAAAAAAGCUGUCAGAUGAGAAGUAUGAUGAAUGUAGUAUUACUGGUCUUUCUGAUAUGACAGAUGUGACAUGUCUGUCACCUCAGAAUAUUAACUCUUUGACUCCUGGAGCUAAACUAUGAUACAUCUCUCCUAUCUC